UCGAGGUGGUGCCGUUGAUAGAACUGAGUUGCUUCGUGAUCAUAGUGUCAGUGUUUGGUGCACAGACUGAGAAUCCCAUGGAAGCACAACCGUGUAGAGAUGAUGCUGGUUCCUGCGUGUCUGCGGAUAAGUGCAGUGUUCCCACAUUCCAAUUGCGAACAGAUCGAUGUCCACCGUACCUGGUAUGUUGUCCAAAGGCAACAGUAAACAGUAAAGAUAUUCACAUCGUGCCUUCAACGGAGCAUUACCGCACCACUACCGAACGAACGGUGUAUCCAGCAGAGGAAAUAGAGGAGGUUGCCUCUGUGAUUAGCAUUGAUGAGGUUACUAGCGCCAAUAGUGAUCUACAGCGAACAACGACUGAAUAUACGACUGCUGAGAGGCGCACAUCAUCCUAUAAACCUACAAUCGAUGAUCAUACAGAGGGCGCCGUUAAUCGUCGCCCCACGGAAAGUACAAAUACCGUUGAUAACACAGCACCAUGGUUAGCGGGAAUAUUCUGGAAGGAGAGCCAAUGGAACGUAUGGCACUGCUGUAAUGGAGUUCUCAUAACCCAACACGCCGUACUGACGACCGCUAGCUGCUGGGACAGAUGUAAACACCUAGUUGACCAAUGGCGAGUUAAAAUAGGCGCACGCAAUGGACAUCACGAAGAGUUUAAUGUGAUCAAUAAUUUCAUGUUCAGGGGAAUUGCUAUUCUACACCUGAAAAGUACUAAAAAAUGUGGCUCCACCAUCCAACCAGUACACCUUCCAGAGCAGAAUGAAUUGUUCCAUACUGACGAGAUUAGCCUUCAGCUGUUUUACUGGGAUGCGCAGCACAACCUAACAACAACAACACUAAAAAAUGUUCAAAAAAGACCAUGUGACCAUGUGGGCAACAAUGUUUGUGAAUUUUCUGGAUAUGUUAGCGCAAAGGAUCAUGAUAGGGUUUGUAUCCCUGGUUCGCCUGUGGUUGCAACUAAAUUUCCAAACCCUUAUUACAUCCUGUACGGUUUGAUAAUCGAUUGCUCCAAUUACCAGCAUAACCCGGACGCUCUGAUCGUUCUCACGAAUGUGUCGUACUUUAGGGGAUGGAUUGAUGAAACUAAGAAUCGAUUGGGAUGCUAAUACAAGGAUUUUGAAAUACGACAGUUUAUGUUAUCAUUCACUCAGCGUUAUAUCGGGUGCUCGCCGGCUUUAUGUCAGAAGAACAUUAAUGGUUGUUAUCUGCGCUGGUCAGAGAUUGGAAUCACGCA